CUCUCUUAAUUGCAGCAGGUCUACUCUCUACCUCACGCUGCCCCCGUUUCCCUCCAUUACCACGGCAGCUCUACUUUCUCUCUCUCCACCGUACAGCUCGCUCGAGCUCAUCUCCUUCCUCAGUUCAUUCGUCUCCCGGUAAUCCGUUCGCUCAAACCGUGUAGGGUUCCAAUGGGGAAGAAAGGCCUCACCUCCAUCUUUUCCAAGCUCCCCGCCGGCGCCGACGAGCCUUCUCCGCCGUGGCCGUGGCCGUCGUGCCGGAAUCCCCAGACGGCCUCCUUCCGUGAGGAAGACCGCCGCCGGCCCUGCAGAACCGCCGCCGCCGUCAGCAGGAGCCCCGCGGUUGCGGCGAGGCUCAUCCACGGCGGCGCCGGGGAAAUGUACAAGACGGUCAACUCCGUCUACCAGCUUGACUACAUCUCCGCCGACGGCUCCUGCUUCGACGACGAGGAGGAGGCGGGGCAGGACGUGCUGGAGCUGGAUGACGAUGAUGGUUUCUCGACGACGACCGCGUCGGAGGAGUGGUCUGAGGCGGUGAUCCGCAGCCUCGGCCGCACGUCCACCGACCGCUUCUUCGUCGACCCUCCGGGCCCGGCGUCCAACUCCAUCUUGGCGCUUUCGCCGGCGAAGCAGUCGGCGGCAGCACCAGCGGACGAGGCCGAGGAGAAGCCGCAAUCGGAGCCGUUGGCGUCGACGUCGCUGGUGGAGGAGAGCGUGGCGGUGGCGGUGGACUCGGAGGACCCGUACGGGGACUUCCGGGCGUCCAUGGAGGAGAUGGUGGCCGCGCACGGGCUGCGCGGCUGGGAAGCGCUCGAGGAGCUCCUCGUGUGGUACCUCCGUAUCAACGGCAAGCACAACCACGCACUCAUCGUCGGCGCCUUCGUCGACCUCCUGGUCGGCCUUGCGGCCCCGCCAGCGUCGUCCUCUUCCGCCGCGCCAACCACCACCACCACAGCGACGACGAUGACGACCACCAGCGCCAGCGGCGGCAGCGGGAGCACCGCCAGCACCAGCACGUCCAGCAGCACAUGUGGCUGCGAGGGCGACGUCACUCCCGCCACCGCAACGACAGAGGAGCAAUGCGGCGGCCGGAACGGCGACGCCUCGCGCUCGCCUGCUUCAUCAAACCACAGCCUGCAGUGCAAGGACGAGGAGGAGGAGGAGGAGGAGGAGGACCUCGCCGGCGACAAGGCAGGUGACGAUCUUAGCAUCAUGAGGAGUGCACACUAGCUUCUUGAUUAGUUAACCGUCAAAAUGUCAUCGGUUAUUCGAGAUCUCGAGAGCACUACCACGGGCGGCCCUGUUUGAUUAGCGGCCCACUUGGAACGCCAGAAUUUCCCAAGAAUUUGUGUUAGUUUCCACGAAAUUCUCGUGAAAUUUUCGCUUUCCAAACAAUCGCACCAAUUCAUGUUUAUUUGUUCACCUCUC